UAUGGAUACAGCGGCUUCAAGCUUCCAUCAACAUCCAUCCACUCGCAUCCGGCUGCCACCUCUUUGAACGGCACUGGGACCUAAUGUAUCACAAUGGCUCCCACCUAGCAUUGUCCCUGCUCAUCUGGGUGAAUGUCCUGCAAAUUGCCAGACCAUGACAGGUAUCCUUGCAAACAGCCUCACCUGGUUCAGUCGGGACGAGUCAUGGCUUGGCAAGAGAAUCGGUUGACCAAGUCGAUUCCAUUCACGGGUCAUCGCGGAAGUUCAGUGUUGAAGUUCAAAGAGCAUAUGACAGCACGUGGGAGCAGGGGAAAGCCGGGCGGCAGGUUUGGGUUUGCUGCAUGGCUUUCAAUCAUGUCGUCUUUCGGCUAUCAAAGUUGACGUCACGGUGUAGAAUGACUUCUUCCAUGGGCCAGAUAUCACCACCUCCAAUGGUUCCAAACAACCGCAUGAUGCUCAGUAACUAGAUUAUUCUGCGGCUUCUAAGGUGCUGAGUCACCGGGUCGGCUGCUUCUAUUUCUUCUGAGAUAGCAAUCUCACGCCGGAGGAGAAACAAUGACAGGGCAAAGCUGACCCGAGAGAUCCCGACCACGCCGAAAAAUACCUGCGUUCAGCUGACUGGCCAGCACAGCCUUACGAGCUCUCCCAACAUAUUUUCGUGGUCAAAGAUGGGCCAACUCCUUGUCCUGUCGGGCCUGGUGUUUGUCGUCCAGUUGGAUCUUGUUCCGCUGCCGUCUCAGAAAAUGCCGCCCCCGAGGCUGGCGGUACUGUUUCCACAGAGAAUUACCGCUUCUGGUGAGAGAAGGGCACAGGAGGUGGGAGUCACCGGACGAACCCGGAGUGUGUUGAAGCUCGUAUCGGUAUCCCAUGUGAGAUUCCUACGAUUUGUUUGAGUAAUACUCGGGGUUGGUAUUCUUUGUCGAGGUUUCUGGGGCCCAUAUAAACCAGUAGGAUAGCCACUUCAAGGAUGAAGGCGUCUCCUAAUCAGCCUUCUUCAACGAACACAGAUUCCCUUGGAAACCUUGAUAUAUUCCUACCCACACCACAAUGAUAUCUUCCAAAACUAGCAACCGCAUAUGCCUCUGCUCCCCACAGCAAACGGCACGGAUCACUAGGAUUGUCGUCUCCUCUCGCCCAGCUUAUCUGACGGGGCUUGGUUAUCCGGUUUCCCUUCGACUCAGUUCAGCUGUAUCUCAGUCCUCCUCCCAACACACCCGCAGCUUUUCAUCAACAAGGGCUGCUCAUCUGAAGGAUUUCUUCCCGGUGAAGGAGACGGCCUAUAUACGGAAGACACCGCCAGCAUGGCCUCACCAUGGUUAUACCGAAGAGGAAAUGUUGGCAGUGGUGCCUCAGCACCGAAAACCCGGAUCACUCAGUGAUUGGCUUGCGUGGAAGCUGGUCCGUCUGUGUCGAUGGGGAACAGACAUCGCCACCGGCAUAAAGCCCGAACAGCAAGUCGACAAGUCAAACCCAACCACUGCUGUGGCGGCACAGAAGCCGCUGACAGAAGCUCAAUGGCUUGUUCGGUUCAUUUUUCUCGAAUCCAUUGCCGGCGUCCCUGGAAUGGUGGCAGGUAUGCUACGGCACCUUGAGAGCCUCAGACGCCUCAAACGGGACAAUGGCUGGAUCGAAACCUUGCUCGAGGAGUCAUACAAUGAAAGAAUGCAUCUUCUCACCUUUAUGAAGAUGUGCGAGCCAGGCUGGUUCAUGAAGACGAUGAUUCUCGGGGCGCAGGGUGUCUUCUUCAACGCCAUGUUCCUGAGCUACUUGAUCUCGCCACGAAUUACACACCGUUUCGUUGGCUACCUCGAGGAGGAAGCGGUCCACACCUAUACUCGAUGUAUCCGGGAGAUUGAACAAGGCGAUCUUCCCAAGUGGUCUGAUCCGAACUUCCAGAUUCCCGAUCUUGCUGUCACGUACUGGAAGAUGCCCGAGGGAAAACGGACCAUGAGGGAUCUGAUCCUUUACAUUCGUGCCGAUGAGGCAGUUCACCGCGGUGUGAACCACACCUUGAGCAACCUCAACCACAAGGAGGAUCCCAAUCCUUUCGUCAGCGACUACAAGUGCGAUGCUGACCAUCAACGACCCAACCCGGCGCUCAAGCCGACUGGGUUUGAGCGGAGCGAGGUCAUUGGUUGAAAAUGAUGGUUUAAAAUAACCAGGGCGAGGACGUCUGUUCGACAGGAAACUGCAUCAAUCCUACGUAUUUGGUCAUAUUUGGGCUCUAUUAUAGGCAUCUUGGUGGGCAUGGUAGGGGUUUGGCGGCGUUAUCAUGGCUUAGACAAGAUACCAGCACCUCCUCUGAUUGACCAGGCUUUUGGCGCAUUCGGGUAAACAAAAUAAAAGUAACCAGACGAGGUAUAGAUACUGCAUAAUUCACUGCUUUCUGUAUCUAGUGAUCUGUGCAGGUAGGGAGC